AUUUGAAAUGCAGAAAGACAUAUUUUUCAUCUGGGUCACUCUAUUUUUUUUCCGUCAAGCUGCUGUAUGUAAGAACAUGUAACAUGUUCAAGAAGGAGGCAGAAACAGAACAAGUGACAACGAAAAAGGCGUAUGUAACUCGCCGUUUUUCGUGCCGUUUUGGUUCAUAUUUUGUUUGUUGUGUCAAAGGGGACCAGCUGAGUUUUCAGGGGCCCAGAGCAACCUGGUGACAGCAAGCAUGAGCAGGGCCUCGUUGGUCCCUGACAGAGAGACCCUGUCCAGACCUUGUUCUGCAAGCUUGCUCAUGAAGCACAGCUUGUUGGGAAAACAGCACUGCUUAGCAUAACACAAUAUUUGAGUGUUUUGACUGCGCUUGAGGAAAUAAGUCUGUAGCCAUGAAAAAGACACAUUUAAGUAGUUUACAUCUGGUUGCCCACUUGAACGUGCCCAAAGGUAAAAUAAUCAUAAAUGUGUUGUGUGGAAUAAAUGACAAAUAUUAGGUGCAAUACGAAGGAAUUCAUCAGAGUAAACCACCAGUCAUCAUCAUUAAUCAGGGGGAAUUCAGGCCGUACGCUUCAAUAGCCUUUUGUAUAAAGAGACACCGCAAAAUUGCUACAUCAAAGCCAUAACAGAAUCAGAAUCAGAAUCAGAAUCAUCUUUAUUUUGCCAAGUAUGUCCAAAAAACACACAAGGAAUUUGUCUCCGGUAGUUGGAGCCGCUCUAGUACGACAACAGACAGUCAAUUGACAGAGAACACUUUUGAGACAUAAAGACAUUGACAAAAAAAAGUCACUGAGCAAUAAAGGGUUGCUAGUUAUCUGGUAAUGCCAGUUAUUCUUUUUGACAAUUGUGCAAAAAAUGCAGAGUCCUCUAACACUUAGAGCAGUUCGAAUGACUAAUAUUGCAAUAGUCCGGUGCAAUGACCAUUGUGCAAAGGGCGCCGAGACUUCAAGGAAUGUAUGCAGUUUAAAGUGUCUAGUAGCGUGAUAAUCUGGGACAAUGUUGAUUGUGCAAAUGUUGCAGAUACUCCUCAGUCAGUGUGCAAGUGGUGCAGAUGCUACUCUGGCAUGAGUGGCCAGUAUUGGUCAACAACAGAUAUGCAGAUAGUGCAGCGUGGCGAGACUACUACAGUGAGUAAUGUAGAAUUGGCCUGACAGAAAUGUGACAACAAACUCAAGAACAAAACAAAUUGGCAGCAUGUGGCAAUGGAAUUGUAGCUUAGCUGUUUAAGAAAUUGAUGGCAAGAGGGAAGAAGCUGUUGCAAUGUCUGCUGGUUCUAGUUUGCAUUGAUCGGUAGCGCCUACCUGAGGGAAGGAGCUGGAAGAACCGGUGACAGGGAUGCGGAGUGUCCGAGAGGAUUUUGCAUGCUCUUGUCUUAGUUCUGGCAGCGUGCAAGUCCUCAAGGGUGGGUCGGGGGUACCGACAAUCUUUUCAGCAGUUUUGAUUGUCCGUUGCAGUCGGAGUUUGUCCUUUUUUUGUAGCAGCACCAAACCAGACUGUGAUGGAAGAACACAGGACUGAUUCGAUGACCGCUGUGUAGAACUGCCUCAUGUGGCAGGCCGUGCUUUCUCAGAAACCGCAGGAAGUACAUCCUCUGGUGCAUCCUCUGCAGAAGACAUGUAUUAGCCUUUGGUGUUACGCAGAACACAGCGACUGUUGCAACUGAGUGCAUUUUUACAUAGGGCCUCGGCAUCCGCCGAUCCGAUAAUGACAUGCGCCUACAUACAAAUAAAACCCCAAAACAAAACGCAAUAUCAUACCCUCCCAAAAAGUACGAGCCGACGUCUCUUUAGUACUGCUAUUUAUCCAAUAAGAGGAUACAUGUGCUUGUGUGUGUCACACUCUUGUCCUGGAAUUUGCAUAAAGUAUAAUAAUGAUUCUAAUCAGAAUGUGCAAUGUAUGGGCGAGGUUAUACAACCUUUCCCAAGCUUAGUGAUAGAACCCAAAACAGGUCAGAUUUGAUUUGGUCACCGAUUGUGUGGGUAAAAUGUUUAACAUCGUUAUUGAUCAUUUAUCAGUCACACUAUACCGCAUUUCCGUUUUGCUUCUUGACAUAAAAAACAAACAAAACACUUGGUUUGUGCAUAAUUGGACACAAAUUAGUGUCUUAAUCCCUAAAUAGGCUUGUUUCCAGUGUGUCGAAGUGUCACAAGACUGCAUUAUUUGAAUUGCCGGAAGGCGCAACUCCCGCGAUUUCAACAAAUAGUAUUAUCGAGGGUAACACUUGGUGCUUCAUGUAACGAUCGACACACACUGAGUAACAUCGCGACCGUUUGUGUGGUGCUGUGAUUGAGGUAAAUGGCGUCAAGAAUUGCGUAAACAGUGACUGAAAAGCCUGCAGUGACGGUGCGGGGAGGACCUAAACACAAACUUGAGUUGCAGUGGGACAAAGAACGCAUGCUGACUCCUUUUUAAAAUCCUCUGAUGCCUUGCUCACAUUUUGGGUUUGAAGUGUGAUUCUCCAUGAGCAUAACUGUGUGAAAAGUCUACACCUGUACCGGGACUUGAAGCCUGGACCUUCAGAUUAAAAGUCCGUUGCUCUCCGGAAAAAAAGCUCUCCAGGCUCUUAUUUGAAGCUGGGCUGUUGACGAAUGUAUCCCCAUUACUGUAGUUCAUUUUGCCAAAUGUCCUUGGAUGUAGCGCUCAUCUCGCCCACAAGGUUGAGUGUUAGAUGGGUUCAUCAAACGGACAUUGCAAUUGAGACAGGUAGUCAAUCCCUGCUCGUAGUUUCGCGUUUGCAGCGUUGAGUCAAGGUUGUAUUUUCCAAAAACGCGCUUGGGCCUCAGAGCCUUUAAAACGCCACAGAGUCGGCCUUGGAAUGAUCUUGAGAAGUCGUUAAAUUGUUUUGAUGUGCUUUUUUUUUUUUUUUUUUUUCUCUGAUGCUCUACCAUGAAUGCGUUUUUAGCCAAAUGCAGUUCUACCCUUUUUGUUGGUGCCAUGUCUACAUUCCAAUCACUUUUCAUGAGAAGUUGUGAUGAACUCAGACCUGGAAAGACCGUAUGUUUGCAACGCUCCUGGCUGUUCACAGCGAUUCCCCACUGAAGACCAUCUAAUGAUACAUCGACACAAACAUGAGAUGACCCUCAAGUUUCCUUCCAUAAAGAAUGACAAUUUGUUAUCAGACCAGACGCCAACGCCAACACGUUUCCUGAAGAACUGCGAGGAGGUGGGACUGUUCAGCGAGCUCGACUGCUCCAUUGAGCAGGAGUUUUGCAAGGCCCAGGAAGAAGAGGACUCCAAACAGAACAUCUCUCUGCACGGCCAGGGGGGCCAACACCAGCAGGCCCACUCGAGAAUGGGAAACCACGACACCAGCAUAGUGAUCCAGCAAGCUCUACCCUCUCCUCAGUCCAGCUCCGUCAUCACUCAGGCUCCAUCCACCAACAGACAGAUUGGGCCCGUCCCUGGCUCUCUGUCCUCACUGCUGCACCUACGAAACAGACAGAGACAGCCUCUGCCAGCCUCCAUGCCUGGAACGCUGCCAGACCCCACCAUGCCUGGCUCCUCUGCUGUUUUGAUGCCCAUGGAGAGACAAAUGUCUAUGGGUGCCAACAUGAUGGGUAUGCAAGGUCCCGCCCACAGCAGCCCCUGUUCCUCCGCGCACAUUCCCUCCAUGCACUCAGAGGCCAAGAUGAGGCUGAAGGCUGCACUUUCACACCACCCGGGCGCCAUUGCCAACGGAAACAUGAACUCCAUGGGCCACAUGAUGGAGAUGAUGUCGUCGCGGCAGGAGCAAAGCAACCACCAUCACAUGCACUCGCACUCGCACCCGCACCAGCACCUCCAAGCACCUCCCCACGCGUACCAGCACCACGGCCAUCACCACCACGGCCAGGGCCACACCCAGGGCCACGGCCAGGGCGGCCACCAUCACCCGCAUGGACACAACCCCCAUCACAACUCCCAUAAUGCCCAUCUCCAUCCCGGGCAUCCGCACCAGACCUCGCCACACCCUCAGAUGCAUUCUGCUUCACAGAUGUCUCCCGCCACCCAGCAUAUGCAGCCAACGCAGACGCUUCAUUCCCCGCCCCCGAGCGGCGGCCGGCGUAGGCGAGUAGUGGACGAAGAUCCGGACGAACGUCGGCGGAAGUUUUUGGAAAGAAACCGAGCGGCGGCGACGCGAUGCAGACAGAAGAGGAAAGUGUGGGUGAUGUCGUUAGAGAAGAAAGCAGAAGAACUCACGCAGACCAACAUGCAGCUUCAGAAUGAAGUGACAAUGCUCAAGAACGAGGUGACCCAGCUCAAGCAGCUCCUCCUCACACACAAGGAUUGUCCCAUCACCACUAUGCAAAAAGAGUCCCAAGGUUACCUCAGUCCAGAGAGCAGUCCGGCAGGAAGUCCUUCUCCAGCUUGCACGCAGCAGCAGGUCAUUCAGCACAACACCAUCACCACCUCCACCACGACCAUAGGGGGCAGCGGUGUGCACGGACAAGCCAACAGCCGAACAGACAUUAACGCCAUCCACUAGGGGAACGGAGGGACUAUACAGCCCCGGUGGUCCCACCCUUCACCCUGACGCACCUCUGCUUUUUUGAGGCUCUCCAGCUGCACACAUCAUCCCCUCCCCCAUCAAGAGAAACCUCAAAGGCCUCCAAGGCUCUUCUUUUUACAGUAGCCAUGGUAUGUAUUUUUAUAGAACCUUUAAUGCGUACAUGUUUUACGGUAUGUUGCCUGUCCCCCCCCCCCCCCCCUUUUUUUUACAUUUGCUUUUGUGAGUUAAGUAGGCAGCGUUGGUAUGGAAUUUUUUUUUUGUUUGUUUUUUUCCCAGCGUGUUGCGGUACAAAAUGGACCAAAGCGUUCAUGGAACAAGAGGGAAGAGACUGGAGAAUGUCAUCUCUUAAAAUUUCUCUAUUUGACCGAUGGACUGGCUCAUCUAUGUGGAAACCUAACAUGUCUCACAAGUAUUUAGUAGGAAACUACAAAAGUUUAUUAUAUAGUGGAACCUCUAAGGUUGAACACAACUCGGUCUGGAAAGGGUUGACCUCCAAUUUAAAUAAAACAAUUAGUAAUUUAAUUCAUGUUUUAGAGUCAAACUGUAACUGUCAUAAAACCUUUAUUCAGAUUAAAUUGUGAUUUAUUGUCAAUUCAGUGAGAAUUUGUGUAAGGCAGGCAAUGUUUUUAUGUUAUAUUUUGACAUUCUUAAUUGUCAUUCAAAUUUAAAAAGAAGGUACCUUAUGCUGAACCUAUAAAACAGUACAAUUUCCACAAUACGUAAUUUAUUGGGGAGGGUAUUGCCGAAGGCUAGUUGUCUUCCUGCAUUGGGCUUUUUAAUAUUGUCAUACAAGUCAAUACGCAUAAUGAAAUAAUAAUAAUAAAUAAGAAAGAAAAUAAGAAACUAAUCACUGGAGCCAUAUUAUACUGAGCUGCCAGAUGCAUCAAAGAAAAAGCAAAACAGGCUUAAUUUUGUUUGUUGUUGAAAUCGAGCUCAGCGGUCUAUUUUUUUGCAAUUUCACUUUAGAGGUUCCUCUGUAUAUUUCUCAUAGCAAAGAAAUAAAUAAAAAAAACUAAUUCCUUUUUUGUACAAAAGCUUACUAAAUUCCCUUGAGAACUGUUUUGGACAGUACAUUUAUUGUAGGUCCAAAAGUAUUUUGACAAUAACAGUCUUUGAUAUGCCAACGCGGAUAUGAAAGAAAACAAUCAAUAUGCAAUAUAGACUGCUUAUUUUUUUUUAAUUACACGUUUUUCGAGACACGAGUCAUCGAUCAUCUGAUUUAGUUCUUUUUUUCAUUGACUUGCGAGCAAAAAUACAUGAUACGAGCGCUAGCUGGUCACAGCGAAAUCAACUCAGCAAGCAGCAGUUUGGCAGAUAGUGAACAACUCUUCAAAAAUGAGGCGAGCUUGAAGCCUCGUUUUUAUUUUAUUUUAUUUUUUUAUUGCCACUCCCAGUUGACGCUUACUGUCAAAUUAAACAUUAAGACAAAGAGAAUUACACAAUGCAUAUUUAAAACAAUGACAUAACUUUGGCUUUGGAAGGUCCGCUAGCUUAAUGCUAACACAUAGUGGGAAACGCCACAGACGGGCUAACAAAUAGCAUCGACGUCGCUGUGUUAUAACCCUUCAAGAGAUUUGAACACAAACGGUGCAGCAACACAUGGAGACAAACUAUAGAAGAAUACUCAUAGCCCUAUAUUCUUUAGCCUCUGCGAAAAAGACCGAAUACUACUGCCGCUUACUGAGGCAGUUGUGAAAUUCGUCUUCGUGUGUGUUUGUUUGUCUCUUUUAUACCGCCCUCUCGUGGCCAGAUCACACACGCCAGAAGAUGCGCAAAGAAAGAUGAUUUCAGAUAUGAGAUUGAAUAUGAAGUCAAUACACAACCUUUUUGACAUUUAUCAUGCAGGAGUUCCAGACAUUUUAUAUAGAUUACGUCCGUGUCUGGACAAUGGGACAGACUUGUAAAUAAAACCCAACUAAUGACUUUUUGAAGGCAUGUUUCAAUAGCCCUUAUGAAGACAAACGUGAAGGCAGCUGUAAUUCCUAAAUGGUAAAAGCCAUAUUUAUGUAAAACCAGUUGUUUUUAAAUCCGUCUGCAAAAUGAACCAGUCUGUCAUUGUCCAAAUACUUGUUGACUUAAAUGUAAAUCCGUAAUCUUCUCAUCCCAACAAGUGAGGUGUGAUGGUGACGCCUGAAAAGAAAUCACUGUGAUGUGUUUUAGAUGAUCAUCUUUUCUUGUCUCUAUCUUCCCUACGAGACCGUUAACCUCAUUGCCGGCAGUCUUAAAAGAAUCGUAUCAACUUCAUCGUUACGGUAAUAGCGUGGUGCUCGAGGGAUAAGCAAUACAGCGCUCUGUGGGUCAUGUCGAGUACGUCCGCGCGACGCACGAACACUGUGAAAGCGGCGAGGCACCUUACGAGUCGCAACAAUCUCCUCCAAGACCGCCCCAGGUUUUCACUCGGGGGUGGGGAACCUUUUUCCUAUCAGUUUUUAUGAAGUCCUCCGAGGGCCGUGAUAAAUUUCUGACAAAAUAUGAUGCAACGAUCAAGCAAAUGUAUAUUAUUACAUAUUAUGAGCACUUUUUUUUAAUUUUAUUUUUAUAGUAGCUCCUCUAUAGGUUUUAUUUUGUGUUUAGACUUACAUGGAAGGCCGGAUCAAAUCCGCAUGUGGAUAAUAUGUACGCGUAAGAGAGCGUGGUUCUCUCUGUAAUCUAAAACUGGUAUGAUUUUGUAUUGCUUAAAGAGGAGCAAUUUCUGCCAGUGAUUUCCCAAAUAUCACAAUGUGCCUCUGUUAUUUUUUGGAAUUGUAUUUCCUGUUUAGGCAGCAGAAUCUUCUUUACGCAACUUCCAGCACUCAUAUCGAUUUCAGCCACAUUAUGCUAGUGAUAGUUUUGCCUCUUAUUGGCAUUUGUCUUGGAUUUCUUUUUCAUUAUUCAUAACUUUAUUAAUCUUUCUCAGGCAUUCCCCCCCCCCCCCGCCCCCCUGUUUUUAACUCAAUGGCGACAUACCGUACGCGCUCCCUUCAAAGGAAACAGGAACUUUCCCUCCAGGAAUGUCGACGUGAGCACCCUAAAGCACUGUGUUGUACAAUAAGGUGAAGCAGAGCGGUCUAUGCACUUUGACCUCUGCACUGCCAGAGGGUAGAAUAGCCAUAUUAAACUUAAGUCAUUCUCAGUGACCCCUUCCCUUCUUUUAAAACACACCAGCGCGAAAAUGCAUUUGGUCUGAGUUGAAGGAAGUUUACUUGUGAAGCAAAAUUUCUCUGUUACUAUCUCGCCUCACGUCUCAACUUUUUGCAUUUGGGUUUUAGCGCGUGUGCAGGAGGGCAGUUUCUCCUGUGGGGUGGGGGGGGGGAAGAAAGAAAGAGAGAGAAAAAAAAAAAAAAAAGGGGGCUUUGUUCCACCUUUUGUCAAUCACCCUCUUAAUGAUUUGCUCAGUGGUUCUCAAACAGGAGUCCGAAAGCCAUAGUUUGGGGGUCUGCAAAAUAAUUUGCAAUAAAUCAUUAUGUUGUAUCAUUAUAAAAAGUUCAUGCCUCCAUUUGGGGACCGGCGCGUCAAUAAAACAAACAGAAUAAACCAAUUACUCCUCCCUACCUUCGCUUUGGUCCAAUUAUAAGCUCUGAUAUACUUGUGAUGUGUUAUCACAUAAACCUGACAUUUCUGCAUGAAUAAAUUAUUAUUUUUUUUUAGAACAAAAGGUGUAUUUGUUUUGAGAAUAUUGUCCCAUUUUUUUAAUGAAUGAAGCUGUCUUUUCCAGAAUAAAAGGCAUCAUAUUAUGAGAAUAAAGAUGUAUUUUGGAAAUGUACUUGUUAAAAUAUAACUUCAACAUCAAUAUCAUCAAAUUAUGACUUUAUCACUGAAAAAUAUGACUUUGUUCUUGUAAGAUUACAACAUUUUACCAGACAAAAUACAUCUUUGUUCUUAUAAAGAUUUUUUCAACUUUUUUCCUACAAAAAUAGGAAUCUAUCGUAACGUUACAAUUUGUUUUCUUAAAAAUUGUUCAAAUUUGAGAAUCCCUGAAUUCGUCCAUUCUAAAUCAAGGCGCCACGUCAUAUUUGAACUGGAAUCAUUAAGAAGGUAUCGCUAUGGGUGGGGAACCUUUUUAAUUUUAGUCCGCAAUUGCCAUACUAAAAAAAAUAAAACUAUUAAAAAGUGUUCAUAACUAUAAACGUGAGCAUUCGUGGGCUUUUUUUUUUUUUUUUUUUUUUUUUUUUAAAUAACAGUUCCCCUUAGGUCAAUUUAAUAGCGGCUGUAUGAAAUGCUCUCACGGGCCAAACGUAAGGUUCCCCACCCCUGCACUCUGGUAAAGUUCAGGAAAAAAACAGCUAUGUGUUGCUUUAUAUGCAAAAAAUAAAUAAAAAGUUCAGUGUGACUGUUUGUGUACAAGAAUAAUUCUUACGCAUUAAUACUUGUGAUUCUAAGUGUAAAACUAUAAAUAUUGUACAUAAGGCCAUGGAUUUCUAUAAUCAUGUACAUGUAUUGCAACUACCUUUCUUUUUGAAGGGAAUACAUGUGUGUAAAUAAUGUUUGCAUACAGCACUUGUUGCCUUUUGUCAUACAUCGAGGCUCUAAGCAGCGCUUAAAUACAUUGUUUAUAUGUCACGAACUGACCCUGACCCUUUUGCCUGCAUAACUUUGUACAUUCUUUUUUUUUUUUGUGUGUCCCCAUGUUGGCUUGUUUUUGGCCAUUUGUACAGAUGUUCAACAUUAUCGCUGCAGUUGCAUUCGGAAAAUAAAGCACUUGCUCUGCAAAAUGCAA